AUGGUUUACAAGUCUUUAAUCCUCCUUCCCUUUAUUGCUAGCGCCGCUCUCGCCAACCCCCUCCACAGCGUCUUACAACGUCAGGAAGCCGGGGAUAAUGUCACUUUUGCUGUCACUGCAGUCAGAUACAGUGGAGAGGGCUGCCCUACUGGGUCUAUCAAUGGGACCCUCGAUCCCAGUGGCAACUUUGACGUGUUCUAUGCUGCUCUGAACACCACAAUUGAGCCUGGAGAGUUCAAGGAAAAGAUCAAGUGUCAGAUCCAAGUCGAUAUCCAGACAGCUGCUGAAAGACAGCUGGUCGUUUUGAGCGGCACUUUCACGGGAUACGUCUUGUUGACCGAAGGUGCCUGGGCUAAGUACGAGAACCAGUACAAGUACGCGGGAAACCCGGGAACGAUCAAAAUGGAAUGGCCUUUCAAAGCACCCAUUAAUGCCGUAACCAAGUUCACUAACACCCUUUCCACCGAAUUUCGCUCUGGCUGCAACUCUACUGGAGGCAAAUUCACUCUCAUCAUCAACAACUACUUGAGUAUGAGUAAUGAUGGAAAGGGAGAGGGUCAGAUCUCUGUUACGGAACUCGAUGGCGCCGUUAAACAAUCAACAAAGUUGACGACAUUGCCGUGCCCUUAA